AGUGCAUACACUGUAGGCUACUCUGCUGCCAGCCUUUCCUUCCCGCUUUUGGGGUACCCCUGUCCCUGUUGGCUUGUGUUUCCGACUUCCUCAGACCGCACCUCGUCACUAGACUCCCACAACUCCCGACGGGCCUUCGCGGGAUUCCAUUCUACAACCCCCUUCCGCGAGACCCCCGCGCCCCCCCCACCCCCGAUUCCCAGGGGCGGUGUGAGUAGUGGCGGGAUCUUGGAGUUGCGAGUGGGCGUCGCGAGGCUUCUGGACUACUACUCCCAGCAGGCGCAGCGGCCCUAGUCAGCUGACCUGUCCCGUGACCUGCAGUGAAUCAGGCCCGGCGGGCGGGGCCGCGAGGCCGCUCAGCUUGUCCUUGCCGCUAAUCCCCCCGCCGUCCCCUCAACCUGGAGCGGCGACAUUCUUGGCUCUCUUCCGGUGCUGGGCUCUUCCCUACUCGGAUCGUAUCCCUGGAAUGUCCAUGUCUUAACUGGGCCCGUUGGGGGAACUUCACCCCACGCCUGGGAUUGUGAUCCAAGGACUGGAAGUUGACAGCUUGGCUCCCUUGCUCCCGGAUCUGCCUCCUGCUUUCGCCGUCUCAUUUCACAGGGAUUGUCAGUGGGCUCGCCCGGAGGAGAGCUGACUGUCCUGGGCCGCUGCUGACCUCCGGCAGAGUGGAGCCAAAAUGUCCCCGGAAUCCAAAAAGCUUUUCAACAUUAUUAUUUUAGGAGUUGCCUUUAUGUUUAUGUUCACUGCCUUUCAAACUUGUGGAAAUGUGGCGCAAACUGUCAUCAGGAGCUUAAAUAGCACAGAUUUUCACGGCAGUGGAUAUACCAGCAUGGCAAUUAUUUAUGGAGUGUUCUCUGCUUCAAACUUGAUAACGCCAUCUGUGGUUGCCAUUGUGGGCCCUCAACUCUCUAUGUUUGCCAGUGGUUUAUUUUACAGCAUGUACAUUGCCGUUUUUAUCCAGCCUUUCCCCUGGUCCUUCUACACGGCGUCUGUUUUCAUUGGAAUUGCAGCUGCCGUACUUUGGACAGCACAAGGAAACUGCCUGACAAUAAAUUCAGACGAACACACUAUUGGGAGAAACAGUGGAAUUUUCUGGGCACUCUUACAGUCUAGCUUAUUCUUUGGAAACCUCUACAUAUAUUUUGCCUGGCAAGGGAAAACCCAAAUAUCAGAGAGUGACCGAAGAACAGUGUUUAUUGCCCUAACAGUGAUUAGCCUUGUGGGGACAGUUCUGUUUUUUCUCAUUCGGAAACCAGAUCCUGAAAAUGUCCUUGGAGAAGAUGAAUCUUCUGAUGACCAAGACCUGGAAGUCAACGAGUCUGCCCAGAACAAUAUGACGAAGGCAGUAGAUGCAUUUAAAAAGUCUCUUAAGCUGUGUGUCACCAAGGAGAUGCUCCUUCUUAGUAUCACAACUGCUUACACAGGUCUGGAAUUGACUUUCUUCUCUGGUGUAUAUGGAACUUGUAUUGGUGCCAUAAAUAAAUUUGGAACAGAAGAGAAAAGCCUCAUUGGACUUUCUGGCAUUUUCAUUGGCAUUGGAGAAAUUUUAGGUGGAAGCCUCUUCGGCCUGCUGAGCAAGAAUAAUCGUUUUGGAAGAAAUCCAGUUGUGCUGUUGGGCAUUCUGGUGCACUUUAUAGCUUUUUAUUUAAUAUUUCUCAACAUGCCUGCAGAUGCCCCUAUCGCGCCUGUGGAGGGAACUAACAGCAGUGCUUACAUCAGGCCCAGCAAAGAAGUUGCCAUUCUCUGCAGUUUUCUGUUGGGAUUGGGGGACAGCUGCUUUAAUACCCAGCUGCUCAGCAUCCUGGGCUUUCUCUAUUCCGAAGACAGCGCACCAGCCUUUGCCAUCUUUAAGUUUGUCCAGUCCAUCUGCGCAGCCGUGGCCUUCUUCUACAGCAACUACCUCCUCCUUCACUGGCAGCUCCUGGUCAUGGUGGUGUUCGGGUUCUUGGGAACCAUCUCAUUCUUCACCGUAGAGUGGGACGCCGCUGCCGUCGUGGCCCGGGGCUCCGACUACCGGAGCAUCUGAGGGCGCCGCGCGGGGCGCAGGGGCCCGCGCAGCCUGGCCGUGAGUGCGCUGUACGUGGGCCAGCAUGGAGCAGCUAGGACUGUGAAGUCCGCCAGAGUGGGUACUGGAGUUUACAGAGAUUUGAAUCGAGUGGGACAAGGGAAACCUAUUGUGUCAAUCAUAAUUGUUCAAAGAUGUUUUUCAAUCGGUUUAUCUCAAGUUCCCUGUAAUCAUGUUAUAGAAUAUUACCGCCCCCUAACCUCGACCAAGAGUCGGCCUUGAUUCUGAAUUCCAAGGGUGUGUCACGUGGGGACUCUCCCUGGUUAUGGAUUAUGUUUUACUGUGUAGUAAUAGGAAGCAUAUGCCACUCCACAUGUUACCUGGGAAUGACAUUCAAAUAAACUGGGGGAUGCUGAAAAGCAGUCAGAACUUUGGAAAGA